AUGUUUCUACGGAAAGAAGAAAGCAUGAAAACAGCCGACGUUUACGUCGCUGGCUAUCCGUGCCCGUCGUACUCCAAGUUAGGAAAACGCCAAGGCGUCUCUGACCAGCGGGGUCUUUUGACCCUGAAAGGGUUGGAAUAUGUGGCUUUGUGCAGACCCAAGGUGGUCGUGUUGGAACAAGUCAAAGCCAUACUCGAGAAGAAGCAUUCGCAAAUUUGGAAUUACAUUCUCAAAAUUUUGAACAAGCUCGACUAUGUGUUCGACCACCAAGUCUUGAGUACCCAGGACUUCGCCAUACCGCAAUCGCGCCCCCGAGUCUACAUCCUCGCGGUGGCCAAGGAGAUUUGCGCUGGAACAGUGAAGUUACCGGAGAAGCGGUCAGAGAAGGUUGACUUACACCAUUUCAUCCAAAAGGACAAGACCGGCUCCGAGGUGUUGCAGCUACCGAGGUACGAAGAACUUUUAGGUAGCAAGAUGUGGCGUAAGGGAUAUAUUCUCGACGUAGGAUCUUCGGAAAAAUUUCAAGCAGCGAUGACAAACUGCGCACCGUGCUUGACGCACACGCGCUUGGGACAAGGAGGAUAUUAUAUCCCAAAACUGAGGCGGCGCUUGCUGCUUGAGGAAGCUGGUGCAUUACAAGGAGUUCCAAAGAAGGUUGUCAGAGCCAUGCAAAGGGCAGCUGAGGAACACAAGCUUCCUGCGCGCACAGUGGAUGCAAGCCUUGGCGAUGCAAUGAGCAUCAAUGUCCUGGCAAGUGUGUUGAUGAAAGGCUUGACACACUCUCGCUUAGUUCAAUUCAGUGCACAGGAAGAUCAUUGGAGAUUAGUUGCCAAUGGUCCGGACGCUGCAACGCUGAGUGACCGUUUGUUCGACGGAACAACACUGUCCAAGUUGCUGGCCACUGCAAUGACCGUAGCAGCCUCUGAGAUUCGGAACAUUUCCGCAUGGCGCUUGAAUAAGGCUGAAAUGAACGAGCUCGCUGCAAGGGUUAAGAAAGGAGAGGAAGAAGCGGUGGUGAAGAAGGAGCUUCAGACCAAGAAGGCUGUGGCCUGCGAAGAGCGUAAGAAGUCUGCUGCGGCGAUUUCUGCCAAGCCUGGAUCCACGGGUCCCAAGGCAAGCAAAAAGACUUCGUCGUCGGCUGCAACUCAGUCAGCCACGGCUGCAGCUGCGACUCCAGACCCAACGAAUGCUGGCUACUAUGCUCUGGUAGAGGCGGACCUCCAGACAAUUUUGCAGGAGUUCCCAGGCAUUGACCAGGAAAUGCCUUUGCCGCUCUCCAAGUCUGAGUUGGACGGAUCCAAGACUGGGGUUCAAGAGCCAUUUGACUUGGAGUCGGCUCGGCAUGCACUUGGGAUUCGUAGAGUUUUUCGUUGCAGCAUUUCCUUGUUCUGGGUUCAGAUCCUGGCGUCGCCCACGCCGGGAAUUCCGAUGAGCCGGAGGAGAGUUCUCGACAUGGGAGAGUUUUACUUCCCGAACGGAAAACCAGCUUUCAUGACAGGCCGUAUGGUGGAGCUUCUGGCCGACAAGUCGGCUCUGAGCGCCAAACCCCAGAACCUUCAGAUGCUGUCGCCAGAAGAGAUUGUGCAUUCGCUGGUGGCUUCCUGCGCUCACGCUGUUCGGCGCAAGGAUGAGCUCUCCGAGGAUCAAUGGAAGGAAUGGAAAGCACAGUGGCGUGCUGUGUUGCUGAGCGUGCCGGCUUCUUUUGUGGAGACACAGGACCCUUUGCAAGGCCACAAUGUGUGGGUCGAGGCAUUCAAUCGGAGACAAGCGGUGAAGCAAGAGCAUGAGUCCAUGAGCAGGACAGCAAUGCAGAUUGCUGUGGAAAUUGACCAGUUCAAGACUAUGUGCGAAAGUUUGCCCAGCUGUAAAUCAAAAUUGCAGCCGGCGCAGCUGGUACAGGAGCUUCACACACUUGGCCUGCUGUCCGUGCAGGGCGGCCGCAAGGAGGACGACAGCGAUGGCAAAAUCACCGUCAACUUGGUGACGCAAGCUCUGGCCGUCAAAAAGGGCAUUCUCAGCUCAGCGCGGGCAGUUGAACUUUUGCUGGAGCUGGAACAGUUAUACGGGACGCGUUCUCCCUUCCACCAGAUGAGUCGGCUUCACGUUCUUUCGACCAAGCCAAGCACAAAUCAGAUGCGAGACUGGGUGCUGGAGAGCUUGCAUGAUGGCCUGGCCUACGACGUCUUGCAAAUCGGAGAAAUUUCCAAGGGCAGUCUUUCCGGAGACAAGCACCAUACUGGUCUCGUCUUGGACCACUUCUUCGAAGUGCUGCUUCCGAAGAGCGGUAUGGCAGAGGGUGACAGGGCUUUGCUGAAGGAGAAGCUGUCUGCCCAUGAGGUGUACCGGCAACAUUCAGGCGACGGAGAUUGUACCUGGAUGGCGCGGCUUAAGAAGUCCGGCAUUGACUGCUUUCACUUGCUGGAGGACCUGACUUACACCAAGAAGUAUGACAACGGCCUGCGACAAGCCACGAGGUCCGGGGGAGCUCCAGAGGCAGUUCUGGAGCACGAACAGGUGAAAGAACAGGUGAACCAGUUCCUCGCCACCUUGAAGGACGAAGAAGUUGAAGUAAAAGCUUUGGCUGCAGGGGCAGCCGCAAACGCUGCAGACCCGGACCAUGCAGAGGACGAGCUUCAAGAGGUGCGAAAGCCGCCCAGCCAACACUCUGAAGGGUCUGAGAAAUAUUGGAAGGCGGUUGGCAACCAAACUGUUCGCACUUAUUGCUCUCUCCAUGUGCAGCCUAAGACCUUGGACGGCAUCAUCAGUUUGGUGAGCCAAAGUGGUUUGAAAGACUUCCAAGGAGAGGGAGGUGUCAGCUGCGUUCUGACUCAUCUUGACUUAGACGCGCUGGGAGAAUCCAUGGGCCCAGGUCAGAGACCACUUCUCCGAAAGCGCUUUGUUCCCGACCAGUCCGCCCUCAGAAUCUUGUUGCAUGGUUCGAUGAUUGCAAGAAACGGCCAGCGCAAAGGGGACGAGUGCAUGGUUCCGUCAGAGGGUGAACUGGUUUUCGUGCACUGUGGCAUGGAACGUUCCAGCAAAGAAGCAGAAGCCUUGUUCCGACCGGCUGCGGCCAGAAAGGAUCAAGCCAUCGAAGCGGAAAUGAAAGACGUUCUCCUGAUCUUUUCUAACACCUCCAUUCGGGACCGCAAGCAAAGGGUUCGAGGAGCUUACACCUCCAGGUCCACCGCUUGUCUCUUCUCCGGAGCUCCAGUGUCAACCAUGGUCCCGGAGAAGCCAUACACUGACUUCUCAGGGCACAACUUUGGAGAUGUCUUUGGCACCAUUUCCGCCAUGCAGGCAGCGGACCUUUGGAAAGAAAAGGAGGAGGUGCUCACCACAGGCAGGUGCGUGUCGCCGACUGACGCCGCUAUGAACAAAGCCAAGGAGGCCUCCAGCGAAAGCGUCUUCAGUGCAGCUUUGUUGCCCUGCUCUUUCUACAGAAGUUUUCUCAAAGCCCACUCUGUGAAAGCUGUGUUGGACCUCAGCACUUCUCAGGGAGAGUUGGCAAAGGCCUGUGUGGCCGAGCGUGUCAGCUACCUCGGGCUGACGCUGUCUGACUCACAUUCCACUCAGGUGGAAAUGAUUCUGACCAACUUUGUCGUCACUCUGAUGCAGACAGAGGGCUCCACUUUCUACCGCUCAGAUACCGUGGCCCAAGGAAAGCAGCAAGAGCAGGUCACCAAGGGGAGCAAGCGCAAAAACGAAAAUUCCAAAGAAGAACGCCCCAAGGCCAAGGCCAAGGGGAAGAAAGAGCAGACCAAAGACGACGACAAAGCUACGGCGCCUGACGCAGACUGUGGCUGCGACCCCGCUGCUCGGAGGAGCCCGCUGAGACCAAGUAGGCUGAUGACCACUGAACGUUCUCGUCGUCGUGGCGACCGCCGUGACCGUGGUGAUCGCCAAAAAGACGAGGAGAAACGGGGUCGAAGCCGUGACAGACGGGAAAAAAAGAAAGGCCGUAGCCGAGACAGAGGGCGGCGUAGGGAGACUGACAAGUCUCACGGCAGCAAGCCUCUCCUAGUCCCAGCUGAAACUGCUCCGCCUCCUGCUCCGUCUGCGGACGCUGCAGCUCCUAAGGCGUCGCACGACGACGAAGAAGGUGAGGAGGAGUCGGUUCUUGCUGAGGACCCACCCGUACAGCCACCUGCAAAGCGCGCCGCGCCAGAGUCCCCGACCAGGGAGGCUGCCAAGGCAGCCCGUCCAGGUCCAGCCAAGGCUGAGGCGGUGGCGCGUCGCGAAGGUGGCCAGCCGCCUCACCAAGGUGAGACGUCUGAGCGUGACCAAGGUCACAAACCUGAUGAGGAACACAAAUCUCACCAAGCUUGGUGUGAUGACAAGCGUCACCAAGGUGGGAACGACGACAAGACUCGUCGGUAUGACUGCAGCAUCUGCGGCCGCAAAGUCGGAGGUGGAGUUGCCGGCUCGUGGCAACAUCGCCGGUCAGCUCACCAUUUGGCUUCUUAUGUCUACUGGAACAACAAAGAGACCCUUCCCUGGAAGAAUUGUCUCCAGGAAGGGCAACGCUGGAGCAUGCACCUCUGGGCGACGAACCAAACAGGUCCGGAGGAUGACGCAUUGCCCAACAAGCCUAAGAAAAAGCAAAGGUCUCCAGUUCCAGUGAGAUGCGACCCGGAACGUUCCCGCCGUGACAAAGACCACCAAGACCCUGACCCGGACACAGGAUCAGGGUCCUCCGGUAGCAACUUGCUGCUGCAAAUGUGGCAAACCACACUGAAAGAGCUGCGGUAG